GAGCCCAGGUAGUGGUGCAGUCUGAGAAGGGAACAGAUGCCCUGAAGGGCUGGCCCUGUCCAUGGCCCAUGGCUGCAGCCACUUGGCCUUUAGUUUGGUGCCCUCCAUACUCCCAGGGUUCCUCCUCAGGCCGAUCCCCUCUGCUGUCUCCAUUCCCUAUUGGAUCAGAGCCCUGGGCACCCCAGCCCGGGGCCCUGACCAGUGAGGGCUGGCUUACCUGGGAGCCACAGGCCGAUGGGUCGAAGGAGCAGGGUGUGCCUGCCUGCCCAGCGCUCCAGCUGUCCCCCUGGCCCUCGCCGGGCCUGCUGUGUGGCGCCUGGCGGCGCUAAGGCGGGUGGGCAGGAAACCCAAGCUGAGAGGACAUCAAUCAUUCAUGGGGCUGCUUGCCGGGAAACCCUAACCCUGGCCCAGUAGGGCCAAGUGACCAGCCAGACCCCCUCCCCCAGCCCUGAUGGACCUGGACAGUCAGACCCUCCUCCUCAGGGCUUCUCCAGCCCCAGGCAGACUCUAAGACUCCAAGGUCCACCUCCUCCCACAUCACCCGCCAUACUCCUCGAUACGGCAUUCCAGGCAUCUGUGAUCUGGCCUCUUUCUCCAUUUCACAUGCCCUCUGCUCUGGCCAGGAUGUCACCCAUGGGGGGCCCCAGUGGGCCACUCGCUCAUCCUUUCCCACCUCCCAGCUGUUGUCCACAUGCCUCCUCCCGCCUGAGGUGACUUCCCUGGUCCUCUCUGCCUAACGGAGGCCUCUGCCCAUGUCACAACUGGGCUGAGUCUUCUGCACCCUGGCAUUAUUCCCCAUGUUUUACAGAUGGGGAAACUGAGGCUGGGAGGGGAAUUUGCUGGAUCCCCCAGCUAGUAAGUGGCAGAUCUGGCAUGUGAGGCUCAUGGCAGCCACCACGUCCUGGUGCCCCUUGCUUCUGACCAAGGACAGUUCUCUGGACCCAUCUGGCUCUGCCCUGGCCAGUCCUGAGGCAGAGGACUGGGAUUAGGGCUGGGGCUGCCUGCCUCACUUACCCUAAUCCCCCUCAGAGCCCGAUCCUAGGCUCUCGCCUCUAAGAGUGGGGGUGCAUAAGCAGCUUUAUGGGUCCUGAAAGUCAAGGGUGCCCAGGGGUGAUUUGUCUCUGAGCGCUGUUAUCCCUCUCCCAUGGCCACAGAGCAGGCAAGGGGGCAGCACGGCCCAGACCCGGCCACUGGCCCUCAGAAGCCCCCCGCGGGGGUUGUGACUCCCAAGAGUGAUGCAGAGGAGCCCCCGCUGACCAGGAAGAGGAGCAAGAAGGAGAGGGGACUCCGAGGGUCUCGAAAGUGCACUGGCAGCUCUGGGGAGCAGUCAGGCCCCAAGGCCCCGGGGAGCAGCAAUAACCCUCCCAGGACUGGAGAGGGCCCGGUGGGGGCACCCCCUGCAUCCCCUGGGCCGGCCUCUUCUCUCCAGUCCCACCGACAUCGUCCUGACCCCCGGCACGACGCUGCUCAGAGGACAUACGGGCCCCUGCUCAAUCAAGUCUUCGGGAAGGACCGCGAGCUGGGCCCCGAGGAGCUAGACGAGCUUCAGGCCGCCUUCGAGGAGUUUGACACUGACCGUGAUGGCUACAUCAGCCACCGGGAACUGGGUGACUGCAUGCGGACCCUGGGCUACAUGCCCACCGAGAUGGAGCUCCUGGAGGUCUCGCAGCACAUCAAGAUGCGCAUGGGUGGCCGUGUGGACUUUGAGGAGUUUGUAGAACUGAUAGGCCCAAAGCUGAGGGAGGAGACGGCGCAUAUGCUGGGGGUGCGAGAGCUGCGCAUCGCCUUCCGAGAGUUUGACAGGGACAGGGAUGGACGAAUUACGGUAGCGGAGCUGCGGAAGGCUGUACCGGCUCUGCUCGGGGAGCCGCUGGCUGGUCCUGAGCUGGACGAGAUGCUCCAAGAAGUGGACCUCAAUGGGGAUGGCACCGUAGACUUUGACGAGUUUGUGAUGAUGCUUUCCCGCCAUUGAGGCUCCAGGAGGGAAUAUCUGUUGCCCCCACGGCCCCAGACACCAGCCGGACCCAGACUACGGCUCUCCCCCAGGAGCCUCCAGGAUGGAGAUGGAGGAGACCCAGCAGCCCCUAGACUUCUUCUGUCCCUGAAAACACCUGGCCUCGAGGUCUGCUUGUUAUGUUACCCACCCAUCCUCAUCCUUACCUCCCCCUACUCAAGCUGCCUGGAGAAGACCUGCCCUCAGCUGUCCACCGUUCCUCAGUGUGAGCAAGAUUUGGGUCUCUCCAGACCCCUGGGAGGUAGGGAGUUCCCUGGCACUGGUGGCAUUCAGUGGGGACGCCCCAGUGGCAUGAUGAAUGGAGAAGAUGGCUGGACCCCUCCCAAUGCUUAUAUUUAUAGUUUUUUUUAUUGAAUGAACUUGAGCCAGGUGCGGUGGCUCACACCUGUAAUCCCAGCUGCUAAUGGGGCAGAAGCGCGAGGACAGCUUGAGUCCAGGAGUUUGAGACCUGCCUGUGCAAUAUAUUGAGAAUCCCAUUCUCCACAAAAAGGAAAAAUAAAAGACAAAAAA